AAAAGAAAAAAAAAAGAAAAAAAAAAUUCAGUCAGUGCAUGCGAAUAUACGAAAAUACCCCUCCGUCGGCGACUUAUCGGAGUUUGUUUUUUCUGAACCUUUUUCUUCAAACUCCCAAUUACGGAUCUACCCUUCUUUUUCCCCCCACCGCCGGCGACUUCUCCGGCCGUUUUUUCAUAAUUAUCCGAAUACCCAUUUCAGCCAAUGAUGAAAUGGAACCACCCCUUUUCUCUUUUCUCCAAAUGGAUGACCUCUGUUGGACGCAAAUGGGUCAAAAAGAGUGGGUAGUAAUGGCAUUCCCAAAAAGGGUAUUUUGGUAAUUAGGAUAUUACACAACAAAAGAAAGAAAUGCCACACACAAGCCAGUGUAAAAGAGUCAAACCCCUUUCUUUUCUUCCCCAAUAAACUCCACCUGGAAUAUAAGAUUAUAGAGAUAUCCCCCAAAAGUAAUAGUCAAACCCUAGUUUGUACCACAAGGGUCAUAUUCGUCAUUCACCCCUAAAAGGGCCCCUCUUUAUCGGUGGCGUGUUUCCGUGGCAAUGAAGUCUGUGUGCAAACGGUGUUGGUGGUUGUGCCCUUUUUAUGUUUGGUUUAUGAAAAAAUUAUACACAAAAAAACCUUUAAAAGAAUCCACCGUGGUCGUUUCUAUCUUAACUUUGUUGUUUUGCUUCAUCUCUACCCUUCAUUUCCUCUUAAUCUGACAAAAGUCUCUGUUUUUUUAAUGGUUUAGAUAUAUUAGAUUCUUUGGUGUGGUCAAAAGGUCUCGAGUGUUCUUUUUUUUAAAUGGUGCUGUUUUGUUUUUCAUUUCUCUUCCAUGACAGCCUGUGAUCCUAAACUUUUUCCCCUUUUUUCUUAUAAAACAUAGAUUUUUGUGUCUGGAAAAUGGUACAACAACGUUUUUCUUUUAGCCCCAUUUUGAUGAACUACAAACUAAACUUAGUGAUUGCUGGUAAGAGUGAAGUAGUUGCAACAAUGAAGAGGCCAAGAAAGAAAAAAACAUUAGGAGAACUUAAAGAGGAGGAAGUUUUGCUAUUAAAGGAAAGGAGAAGCUUGAAAGAUGCCUUGGCUACCUUGAGGCUUUCCGUGGAAAAACAAAGGGCUAUGAAUGGAAGCUUGAAGAAAUUGAAGCUUGAUCUCGAAUCACAGCAAGCGAUUGAAAUGGUUGUAACAUCUGCUGUUCCAGGGGAAGCAAAUUCCAACCAACCUCAACAACUGCAGACGCCAUCAAGAUCAAUUUGCAGCACAACACCCAUUGGAGCCGAUGCUUCUUACCAAUUAACAAUGCCAAAUGUUUCUUGCAAACUACAAGAGAUUGGAACUUUAGGGACCGUUCGUUUAUUACCCGAUCUUAAUUUGCCUUUUCAGGAGGAUUCUAGCACCGAGGCCCUAUACCGAAUGAGCUAGGCAGAUUCAACAGAAUGAGCAAAUAUUAAGCUUUUCCUUAACCGAGAGGGAAAAAAAUUGACAACCAACGAGGACGAGGAGAGGGCAUUUGCUUCUUAAUAAGAUGUUCCUAAAUCCUAACCCUGCCAUAGGCUUCAGUUACUUGUAACUGUAAUUAACAAAACCAAUUUUCUCAGCUGCAUAUUCAUAUAACAUCCCUUUUCUCCCUUUCCAUAGUACCCCAAAAAAAAAAGAAAAAGAAAAAAGAAAUCGAGAACAGAUCCGUGUCGAGACCCCCGAAAAACCCUUUAGCUCUUUAGUUAUAUUAUUCAUUCUGCAUAUGCUUAUUAUAUUCUUUGGAGCCACACCCUCUCCCCCUCUCCUUCAUCUCAGAGACUCAAAAGAGAUUGAUUACAAACACUGUAAUUAUUAUUAUUAGAUAAAAAGCAAACAAGAUUCUGUGUUCUCUACAUCUAAUUUUUAAUGUCAUUUCAUUUCUUCAA